UGAUGCUGAAUUAUAAUACAGUUGAUAAAAUUACGUAAGCUGUGUGACGUAAGCUUCUAUACAAAAGUGACACCAGUCAAUUCGAAUGCUUCAUACUUCAAAAUGAAGCAGGACGUACGCGAUGGAAAAAGCCUUAUACAGAAUCUUACCUGCACGAUAUGUGUUGGUUUUCUUUAUUUUUUUGGUAUGUAUGGAGAUGUAUGCUCAUAGAGUCGUGCUGAACGUAGCUAUUGUAGCCAUGGUAAAUAAUUCGGCGAUCGAUAUGAGCGAAACUGAAAAUGCUCUAACUCACGAAUGCCCUGAUAGUGCUGAAAAUCAAAAUAUCACGUAUAAUUACAGAGAAGGAAAAUUCGUUUGGAGUCAGCCCGAACAAGGAAUUAUUUUAGGAAGUUUCUAUUAUAGUGUGGCCGCCAGCGCCAGAGAUCCUGAACUGUCUGGCAACACUUGCCAAGAUCACGAACUCUGUCUGGCAACACUUGCCAACAAGAGUGGCUGGCAACGUCAAAAAAGAAAAGGCGCGGAAAGUAAUAGUUUUGUCAUUUUCCAGUUUUUGGGAGGUUCUGUCAUUCAUCUGUUAGGUGUCAAGCGCACUUACGUCAUUACUGUGUUUUUAUCGUCGGCGUUAUUAUCUAUAACACCAUUUAUAGCCGAACUCGGUAUAGCGGCCUUGUCAUGUCAGAGAGUUGUCUUAGGAGUGUUGCAUCCACUGACGUUCCCAUCAGGAUUUACAUUACUUUCGAGAUGGUCUCCAGUUAACGAACGAAGUACAUUAAUGGCUAUUUGCGAGAGUGGAAAUUUGAUUGGUUCCACAAUUACUACUACAUUGUCCGGUUACUUGUGCGAAUAUGGUUUCUCGGGUGGUUGGCCUUCAGCAUUCUACGUCAUUGGUAUUUAUGGAUGUGUUUUGUCCCUCGGUUUGUUAUUUUUUGUAUACGAUUAUCCGGAAGAAUUUUCCGGCAUUACUCAAAAAGAGAUUCUUCAUAUACGACAAAACUCGAACAAUAAUACAAAUAAUAUUAAGAAAAUUCCUUGGAAGAGUAUUUUAACAUCUGUACUAGUAUGGACGACGUGCAUUGUAAAAUUGUUGUUUCAUUGGGGUUUCUAUACCUUUCUAUUAAAACUACCAUCGUAUGUCGAGAAUGUUCUACAUUUCCCAAUACAGCAGAAUGGCUUAAUAAACGCAUUCAUGUAUUCAGCGAAUACGUUUGGCCUCAUUAUAUCUGGUUACUUAUCAGAUUUGUUUAUUAAACGUAAAUAUUUCAACGUAACAAACAUCAGGAAAGGCUUCCAGACUCUUUCUAUAAUAGGAUCCAGUGCAUGCCUGAUAUGCAUUCCUCAAGUUGGAUGUGAUUCAACAAACGUCAUAAUAAUACUCGUCAUGACAACUGGCUUCAUGGGUCUUGUUGGUGGCGGUGACAACGCAAUCAUUCUGAACUUAGCACGUAAAUAUACAGGGUCGUUGUUCGGAUUGACUAAUGGAAUGUCUGCAGUUCCUGGCUUCUUAUCGCCAUAUAUAGCUGGGCUGUUCCUAGAUAAAAAUCAAGGAAGCAUGGUGCAAUGGAGUAACAUCUAGUAUCUCUCGGCGGGAUUUUGUAUAUUGGCGAUGAUCAUCUUCCUGAUUUUCGGUUCAGCCAAACUGCAACCUUGGGCUGAUGAUUCGGACGAAGCAG